AUGCGUCUCCUUCAGAUAGGCGAAAAAAGAGAGAGAAAUUGCUGUCCACCGUACAGUGAAAAUAUGUUCGAUCGCGCAAGAGCACCAGCCGGAGCCGGUGGAUUAAUAGGCGGCCUUGGUGGAGCAAUUACUUGUCUUUGCUGUCUUGCAGCACUUGGUUUAAUUGGCCUCUGGGCUACAUUCAUUCCAUUCGUUGCAUUCUUUAAAUAUGCAUACGAUCAAGACGUAAGAGCUUAUGGCGGCAGUCCAAGUCUCAAGAAUCUUCCACAAAUUGCCUUCCUUCUUGCCAUCUGCCUGUUGACCAUCCGUUUUGUCAAACGACAGAUCUCUACAUAA